AAGAGGCUGUAUGUGUUUUGAAGAGAAUUAUGUAGCACAGUCUUGCAAGGAAGUGCCCACCUGGGACCUGCCUGAGAUGGGGUCUCAGCCCUCUGUGGAUGUGGUACAUGCAUGGUGCUGAUGUGGAUCAUAACGUGUCUGGAAUUUCCAUUGAAACGGAUAACAAAAAUGUAAAAGCAGAGGAGUUUAAGGAGGCUAUUCUUAGUUGCAAGCACAAAUUUUCAAAAGCGAUGAGCUUAAGAAUAGAAUGGAAGAAAAUUCAGUCUCAAGGAGUCUCAUUUGUCUACUACAAUGGUGAAUUUACAGGUGAUCUUCGAGGCCGAGCAGAGAUGCUGAAUACAGGAAUCCGUAUUAGAAAUGUGACCAGAAAGGAUUCUGGGACCUACCGCUGUGAAAUCAGUGCAAAGAGUGAAGAAGGGCAACACCUUGGAGAGGCUACUAUUACUCUCACAGUACUGGUUGCUCCGACUACUCCAGUAUGUGAGGUACCCAGCUCUGCAAUGACGGGAACAGUAGUGGAACUGAGCUGUAAGGAGACUGAGGGGUCUCCUCCGUCUGAGUACCAGUGGUACAAGAAUGGUGUUGCCUUACUGGAAAAGACAGGAACAGGCAGUGCUAGAGCAGCAAACAUAACUUACACCAUGAAUAAAAAAUCUGGCACUCUGGUAAGUGUAAUAACCAACUCUGUCAUAACCAGCUAUCAAGAAGACCCAAUUUACUGUCUCAUACAACGAUGCACAGGGGUCUUAAUCCAAAAAUGCACAAUAUGUUUUAUGAUUACAGAUGACCUUAAUGUAAGUGGUAUCAUCGCUGCUGUAGUAUUUGUGGCUCUGGUAAUGGCAUUGUGUGGCCUUGGAGUAUUUUAUGCCCAAAAAAAGGGCUACUUUACAAAGGAAAACUCUUCCCAAAAGAAGACUAACUAUCAAUCUACAAGUGAAAAGGAUUUCAAGCAUACCAAGUCCUUUGUUAUUUAG